UUUCUCUUUCAAUAUUUAUCAAAAUGAAAUUUUUUUUCGAAAAAAUUUCCAUCAAAUAUCUUCCGGUUCAACUUUUGUAAAUUGAUUAAAGUCCAAAAACAUUUCCUUUCGUUUACUGAAGUGAUUUAGCUAACGUCCGGUAAUUGCUUAAAUUUUAAACAGACAAGAUGCCUAUUCUUGUACAUCCGAGGCUGUCCGAAAAAAAGCGUAAGGAAAGCCUCCAAAAUUACAAAAACAUGAUUGUGGAGGCCAAGCCCCGGGUAGUCGACAUGUCGCCAAAGCUCAAUGUCAGAAAUGUUUUACGUGCGUCAAGCUUGCGUGACGACUGCGAGGCCUUUGAGCGUGUCCGUCGCAUGAACAACGAGCUGCUACGUAGCAUUAAUAUAAUUUCACGCAUUGGCGGCAAAUUGGAUACAUUUCGCGAAAAGUUAUUUUACUCUGCCCGAUCUCGCAUACCUUACAUGAUUUUGAAGAAUCGUCAUAUCGAGAAGGACAAUGCCAAAUUUGGGCAGUUGCUGAAAACGACGGGCACAACUUUGGAUACGCAUAUGGCGCCCCAUUUGUUGCGACAAGUGCGGAAGGAUACUGUAGAAUUUGUGAUUCCCGCACAAAUAUUGGCCAAAUAUAAACAAAUUGAAAUGCCACCCUACGAACAGUUGCGUCGCCUGCUACGGCCGGUUAUUUAUUUCGAUUUCUAUGUGAAAGGCUUGCGGCCGGCGGGUCGUAUCGUCAUACAAUUGUACACAGAAGCCUGUCCACAGGUGGUGUUGGCAUUUGUGCGCGCCUGUCGCAAUCGUGAUAAAAAUAAUAUCCUAGUAAAUCGACUAUUUCCCGGCCUAUGGCUAGACUGCUGCCUGCUUCUGCCUGAAGGUCACAAAAUCAAACCUAAUCGCAUUGAGUACGACAUACGUGCACUGGAUCAUAAUCGGCCGGGCACUUUAUCCUUAUCGCUGGACAAUCUGGAAGCGCUCAAUCAAAAUGCUCUGAAAUUUUCAAUGAGCCUUAAACCGUUAAGUGUGCUGAAUGGCAAACGUGUUGCGUUCGGUCUAGCGCGUAGUGGCACGAAGGUGCUCGAUUCGAUGCAAGUGUUCGGCAUGAAGAAGAGUGGCAAACUAACGAAGAGUAUCAUUAUCAGCGACAUCGGUUUGCUCGUGUAAGAGAGUGUGAAGCCUAAUUGGAAGUAUCAUUCUAUUUGUAAAUUAAUUGUAAAAAUGUGUGGCACUCGCUGAAAUAGAAAAAAAAAAAAAAUAA